AUGACUGUUGAUCAUCAUGACAAAAGCGAGAAGUCUGCCAGCUCUCCUUCUUCGGAGCCUCAAGGCCCAUUAACAAAUGAUGCAAAAGAAGACGAGUUGCAAGCCAAGGCAAAGACCCGACCUGAGCGGACAGCAAAUUUCAAAGAUUACCUGCGGAUAUUCUCCUACGCAACAAAAUGGGAUUUCUUUGCGUAUGCUGCAGGCUUUUUUGCAAGCAUUGGAGCAGGGAUUACGCUGCCAUUAAUGAAUGUAGUUUUUGGACAAUUCGUUGGCAACUUUACAGAAUACUUUAUGCCAGGCAGCACAACAUCGCAAAGUGAAUUCAACAAAAGCAUCGAUAAGUUGGCGUUGUAUAUGUUCGCUCUGUUUCUUGGUCGUUUCGUGCUCAACUCUAUCAACAAGUUCGUCUUCCGCAUGAUAGGCAUCAGGCUAUCAUCCGCCAUCAGACUUCACUACCUACAAAGACUAUUCGGUCAAUCUAUCCAUGUCCUCGACUCAAUGCCUCCAGGCUAUGCCACAGGCACCAUCACUUCUACGGCCAAUGUCCUACAGCUAGGCAUAUCAGAAAAACUAGGCACCUUUGUUGAAUACAACUCAACCAUUGUAGCUGCGAUUAUUGUAGCAUUCGUCAAGAACUGGUCCCUGACUCUUGUCACAUCUUCAAUCAUCCUAUACCUUUUCCUUGUCUUGGGAACAUUUCUGCCCAUGAUACUCAAGGUUAAUGCGCUCAUCACAAAGGCAGAGGGCAGAGCUGGUGCAGUUGCCAGCGAAGCUUUGGCGAGCGUCAGGAUGGUGGCCGCGUGUGGUGCAGAAUCACGCAUUUCUAGGCGAUACGGCCAGUUCGUCGAGGAAACCCGCCAACAUGGUAAACUUCUAUCUCCGCUUGUCGGCUCACAACUUGGUUUGAUAUUUUUCGGGCUCUAUGCUGGCUUCGCCCUUUGUUUUUGGUUUGGUGCCAAGUCCUACUCUGAAGGAAGAUUGGACAACGUGGGAGAUGUCCUUGUCGUAUUGCUCUCUGUUAUGAUUGUCGUACUUUCCCUCGAACGAACAUCUACGCCGCUGCUAGCUGUUGGGAAAGCCACCGUGGCAGCCUGCGAAUUUUUUAUUGUUAUCGACGCUCCGCAGCCUGCCAAGGGUACUCUGAAGGAUCCCGAAGUCUCUUCGACACAGGAUAUCAUUUUCGAGGAUGUUACCUUUGCUUACCCUAGCCGGCCUCACGUCAAGGUGCUAGAUGGCCUGGACUUGCGUAUAGAGGCCGGAAAAAUCAAUGCGAUUGUCGGGCCGUCCGGGGGAGGCAAAUCGACCAUUGUUGGGCUCAUUCAGAGAUGGUAUACCUUACAGGAUCAACACGUCCUUGCCAAGGUCAUUGAGAAAGAGAAAAAAGGGGGUCGCAAGAACAAGAAAGAUGAGAGUGAUGAAGAUGUCGACGCAGAAAACGUGGUUGAUAACGAGCCUGAAGAAUCAGGACCUCCUAUUGAAGUCCACGGGCGAAUCUUGACAGCAGGCCAAUUGUUGGACGACAUCGAUUUGAAAUGGUGGAGGUCCCAGAUAGGUCUCGUCUCGCAGGAGCCAUUUCUGUUUAACGAUACGAUCUAUAAGAAUGUUGCCUAUGGUCUGAUCGGAAGUCCAUGGGAAAAUGAGACCGAGGACAGGAAGAGAGAACUGGUUAGGGAGGCUUGUCGAGAAUCAUUCGCCGACGAGUUCAUUGAUCGACUGCCAGAUGGGUUGGACACACUCGUUGGUGAUAGUGGUGCCAAACUCUCUGGUGGACAGAGACAGAGGUUGGCUAUUGCACGAUCUAUCGUGCGAAAACCAAGUAUACUUAUACUGGAUGAGGCCACUAGUGCUAUUGAUGUCCGUGGUGAGAGGAUCGUCCAGGCGGCCCUUGACAGAGCUGCGAGAGACCGGACCACUAUCACAAUAGCCCAUCGAUUGUCGACCAUUAAGAAAGCAGAUCGUAUCAUCGUCUUGAAGAAGGGCAAAGUCGCCGAAUCAGGUACACAUGACAGUCUCAUGACGAUCGAGGGUGGAGUCUACUCAGGGCUUGUGCAUGCACAAUCCCUAUCGCUCGGAGAACCCACAGAUGCAGGAGAUGAGUCGGCUGAAACUGAGGACAAGCCCGUCCUGGCCAACGUGACGAGUGUUGCAGCUUCCGAGGUUGAUACGUCGACAGAGGCCUCUAAAGACAAGGCGCGGAACUUCUUUGCAAGCUUUGGUCGACUGUUCUAUGAGUCAAAGAAUGUCUGGCCAGCGUUUUUUCUGACUCUAUUUGCCGGUGCCUGUGUGGGAGCUGGAGUACCACUACAGGCAUGGAUCUUUGGGAAGAUUAUUGUUUCUUUCAACGACAUAGGGACUGACUCGAACCUAUCCGGGAGCAACUUCUGGUCGCUCAUGUUCGUCGUCUUGGCUUCAGGAAUUGGAAUCAGCUACUUUGUAGUUGUCUUCGUGGCCACUCGGAUGUCAUCCACGAUACGCGUGAAAUACCAGAAGCAGUAUUUUGAUGCGGUAAUGUUUCAGAAAACAUCGUUUUUUGACCAUGAAGACCACUCUCAUGGAACAAUAACGUCCCGGCUUGGCCAGGACCCCAAGCAACUUGAGGAGUUGAUGGGACUGAACAUGGCUAGUGUCUUUGUCGCCCUCUUCAACGUGGUUGGAGCAAUAUCCAUUGCGUUCGCUUUCGCGUGGAAACUAGCUCUCGUCUCAUGCUGUGUCGUGUUGCCCAUAAUGAUCGUUUCAGCGUACUGGCGCUUCAAAUACGAGCUGGCAUUCGAGAAGAUGAACAAUGAUGUCUUUGCUGAGAGCUCAAAGUUUGCAUCCGAGUCAAUAGGAGCAUUUAGAACUGUCACUUCGCUGACACUGGAGGAUUCGAUUUGCCUCCGAUAUCAGAACUUACUCAACGAACACGUUGCAUCAGCAUACAGAAAAGCCAGAUGGGUGAGCUUACUCUUUGGUUUCUCUGAUAGUGCCAGUAUGGCAUGUCAAGCUCUGAACUUCUGGUGGGGAGGUCGUCUUUUAUCAAGACAUGAAAUUGGUCUAGUUGCCUUUUUCGUCUGUUUCAUGGCGAUUACAAAUGGAAGCGAGGCAGCUGGGCAAGCCCUUGGCUUUGGACCAAACAGUGCGAUGGCUUCUGCAGCUGCGAAUCGUAUUCUAAACAUGAGAGAGAGCAGACCGCGAGACAAGGUCUCUACCUCGCAGGAGAUCCCAGAUACAGAUGGUGGAAUGUCGAUUGAGCUGGAAAACAUCGCCUUCAAGUACCCGACUAGGAGCACGCCCGUAUUCAAAGGAUUGAGCCUGAAGAUUGAAAAGGGACAGUUUGCUGGCCUCGUAGGCGCCUCAGGCUCAGGAAAGUCAUCGAUCAUUUCGUUACUGGAAAGAUUUUACGACUUGGACAAGGGCCGGAUCCUCCUGAAUGGCAAGGAUGCUACCGAUAUCAACCUGUACGAGUACCGAAAGUACUUUUCUCUCGUGGCUCAAGAAGCCACCCUCUUCCAGGGCACCAUCAGGGAGAAUAUCUUACUCGGAGUCGACCCCUCAGCAAUCACCGAUGAGCAACUACACCAAGCGUGCCGUGAUGCCUCGAUCCACGAUUUUGUCGUCUCAUUGCCCGAGGGCUACAAUACAAAUAUUGGAUCACGUGGUGUAUCACUUUCAGGUGGCCAGAAGCAGCGCGUGGCGAUUGCUCGCGCUCUGAUUCGCGACCCAAAAGUCCUCCUUCUCGACGAAGCUACGAGCUCCCUUGAUUCAGAAAGCGAAAAGCUAGUCCAGUCGGCGUUCGAAAGAGCUAGUGAAGGACGCACGAUGCUCGUGGUAGCACAUCGACUGGCCACAGUGCAGAAUGCUGAUGUGAUCUUUGUCCUGGGAGAUGGCCAGUUAUUGGAACAAGGAUGCCAUGCAGAGUUACUCAAGAGGCGGGGCGUCUACUGGAACAUGUGUCAAAGUCAAGCCUUAGAUCGUUAA